AUGCUACUGCUUGGAAGCUUGACAACCGCCAUCCCCAGUACUUGGACUGUCGUAGAAACAGCAGCAGCACUUGUCAGCGCCUGCCUUCCUACUCUCGGUCCAUGCCUACGUAUUCUCAAAGCUAAACUCGGAAUCCAGACCUCCCGUAAGGCGACACUCAAUACUACUAUAGACCUUGUUACCAUCGGUGGUAAUCAUCAACAUAAACAAGGUGCCCAGCAUGGGCAGCACUGGAGUCGAUCUGAACCAGGUAGGUUCAAUCGUAUAGAGGAAGAAACAUACCUAGAUGGGCAUAAGGACUCGAAUGACCCAGGUGCGUUCAAUGCGUCAAAAACUUCGGUUUCCAGGGUGUCUGGGACAAGCGAGAGAUAUGACGGCAGUGGGGACGAAGUUCUUAUUGGCAAAACGGUGUAG